AUGCUACAAAAUAUCAACCCUGGAACUAUAGUUGACAUUGAAAAAGGAGAAGAUGAUAGUUUGUUGUUUCUAUUCAUGGCCUUGAAUGAAUCUUUGAGAGGCUGGGCAAAAUGCAAACCUAUAAUAGUUGUUGAUGAAACUUUCUUGAAGCCUGCAUAUGGAGGAACGUUGCUCUCUGCUAGUGCACAUGAUGCAGGAGCAACAAUGUACACAGAAAAGAAAUUCGAAUAUCAUAUAAAGGAUCUUGACAGCUUGGAUAAGCGAAUAAGACCUUAUUUGCAAAAAAAUGGAUAUCAUAAAUGCUCAAGAUUCUACUCCAAAAACAAAAGGUACUCAGUAAUGACUUCCAAUAUUGCUGAGUCACUUAACUCAGCCACCGUGGCAGCUAGAGAGGUACCUAUAACAACACUUUUGGAGUGUUUGCGUGGAUUACUCCAAGAUUGGACAUACACUAAUAGGAAACUAGCUCAAAAAACAAUGACAAGAUUGACACCAGUUGCAGAACAAGCACUCACCAACAACUUCGUAUACUCUUUGAGAUUAACUGUAAAGCCAGCAAAUGAAUAUCUAUUUGAGGUAUUAAAAGAAGAUGAGUCAUGGAUUGUAAAUCUCAAAGAACGAAUUUGCACUUGCAAUAGAUUUCAAAAGGAUGAAAUGCCAUGUGCUCAUGCUCUUGAUGUGAUGAAGGAGAUGAACAUAGACCCCUACGAUUACUGUUCACAUUACUACACAACAAAAGUAUGGUUAGAAACAUACGAUGCAAUUGUGUAA